GUUUCAGUUUGGGCGUGAGGAUCUUUAUUGCGUUUUGCUGUGCUAGUUUACUGCGGCGAAUUUUCUGCCUAUGGAUUUUGGCAGUAGAAGGAGUUUCCGAUCUACAGGACAAGAUGAUUUUCUCGCUAAUAGAACGCCUCAGACAAUGUUCAAAGCCUUGCGACGGUUGCACGGGCAAAAUCUUGAAAGCAAGGGACUUAACGACAUGUCAGAGGCUUUCCAGUCUUUUGUGACCAGAGCGCGCUUUUUCAGUGUUGGUAAAUUGAGGCGGACAUGGUCACAUUCAGCGGCUGAGUUCGUAAAAUAUCGUCGCUUAUUGCCGAUGCUUAUGGAUGAUGGGCAAGAUUUUGAAGGAGGAGAAACGGAUGAUUUCGAUGCUGCGCUGGCAUUUCAUGCAAGAUCGAAAGAAGACAGAAAAAUCAUAGUGACAAAUAUCUCAUCGAGAGUUACAUCUCCGCAACUACACUCGUUCUUUUCGAAAUUUGGAAAAGUUUCACAUUGUUCGCUACCGCGUGAGGAUCGACGUCAGACUAUGUUUGGCACUAUGCCGAGGCAUUUCAAGAAUUGUGGGACGGCUGUGGUGACGUUCAAGAAAGCAGAAGAUGCAGAAAAAGCGAAAAAUGCUACACCUGAACAACUUCGAUUUUACGACCAUGAUAUGAUAGUGUCUGCGUAUGUGUCACGCCGGAAAGGAGGAAAAGGUGUCAUACUGUCGGACGACAGCAGAGAUGAUGUAUACAGCCUCUGCCGUGCACCAUCUGAUGCGUCGCUGGCAUCUACGACAAUGUCCUUGAGCGGCUAUGAGGGCACUUCACUGGAUGAUCUGCCUCCAGCUGCUUUGGAAAGAAUUGCCGCCUAUCUCCCUGUGAACGAUGCAAUUCGUAUGGAACGUGUGAGUAAGCGAUGUAUGGAAGCGUCAAUGAAGUCUUGGUCAUUGGUGCCUCGACUAAUCAUCGGCAGGGAUUGCGAAGGAUUUGGGAAAAACAACUCGUUUCGGAACUACCAUCUGAAGGCCAUCCUUAGACGAUGCGGUGCCCAUUUGAAAUGUUUAGACCUUUCGGGCAUAGUCCAUUUGUUAGACGAGAAAGCUCUUGAGAUGAUUUCUAGUAGUUGUCCAAAUUUGGAAGAGCUUGAUUUGUCUGGAGUUCGAGCCACAUGGGAAGCGUUGGGUGAACUUAGCGAAAACCUGCCGAAUCUUAAAAAGUUGACCUAUCGAGAUAUGGCUAGUGCAUCGGACAAGGCGUUUUGGCAUCUUAUCAGAGGUUGUGCUAAGUCACUGCAAUUUCUCGACUUUCGUGGAAGUCGCCGACUCCGUGGAAGGUGUCUACGAUUGCUGGGAAGUGAACUGGAACAGCUUUAUCUGGACGGUUCAUCUCAUGUAGAUGAGAUGGCAUUUGAAGAUCUGUGCACUAGUGCAAGUUCCUUGAAGGAGUUGCGAAUCAACGACUGCUAUAAAAUCACCGAUGAAAAUUUGAGCAUGAUUUCGCGCACUAUGUCGGACUUGCGAGUUUUUACGUUGUGUGGCGAUCGGUUCGAGAAACUUACGACCGCUGGUCUUUCACACAUCACCCAUAUGACUGGACUAAUGGAGCUAGCAUUGGACUACAACUCGCUUGUCAAUGAUGCUUUUCUAAUAAAAAUUUGCAAUGAGCUGUCUAAUCUCAAGACACUCAGCCUUGCUAAUGCUGGAUCGGAUCAAACGCUCACUGCGAAGGGACUGAACGCAAUUGCGAACCUAAAGGAGUUGGAGCAGCUCGAUCUGUCCUCUCUUGCCGCACUGCGAUCAGGUGUCCUGCUCGAAAUUGCCUACUCCUGCAAACAAUUGUCUCUCCUGCAAUUGCGGAAUUGCGUCUACUUGUCCGAUGAAGGUGUAAAGGGCUUGGCCAGAAUGAAGCAUAUUCGACAUGUCGAUCUGAGUAGUUCUAUAUUGGUAACCAACGAAGCCAUACAACAUUUUAUCAAAGGCUUCCCUCAAGAGGAAAAGAAAGCUCCUGUUACUAUCGUUGUUGGUGGAACAGCUGCAGACUCUUCACAAUUGUCAGUUCGUGGUAGCCGUGUGGUUGUAGAUUUUAGCGAUUAUACAUCAAUCCUUUCAAUGCCUGAUAGGCAGGCGAGCUCAUUCAAAUUAGGCACACAGUCCGACGAUGACGUGUCCGAUGACGAAUUUGAGAGUCUCACAGCACAAAGAUCUUUCUAUAUCGACGCUGUGUGCGGCGAGGAAGAUUCCCCGAUAGAAGACGAACGCAGCUUACAGGAGUGGGCCGAACGAGAGGCGCGAAAUCUAGGAUUAAUAGGAAAAUGAGCAGCAUUUUAGAUAGUUUUGAGCCAUAGAAUUAGCUUCAUGGCAGGAGAAAGUAUCCAUUAGCAGUAGGUUUAUUUUUGCGCCUUGUGCUUUAUGUAGUCGUUAUUACAUUACUUAGGGCUAGUUUAGUUCCUUACUUAUCUGUUCUUGCAUCUGAAGAUAGGCACCAAGUACUGUAAUAAUAAUUGUUAAUAUCUCCCUGUAUACUGUUUUUGAUUGUGCUGUUUUUUUUGCGCAUAAUCAUUUUUUUGUUUCCCUCUGCAU